AUGGCCAUUACCUGCGCCAGAGAUGUUCAUAGCGUCCCUCCCAUACACGCUUCAAGUUUGAGCAGCAGAGAGACGCCGACUGCAAAGACGGCGCGCACGAGCGAUAUAGUCGAGUCUGUCGACAGUGCUAGCUUUGUGUCUGCACCUUCGUCGAUCGUUCCGAGCCCUCUCAGGACCAGCGUUGAUGACCGCAGCGAAGUCGACAGCGAGGCUGCUCGAUAUCCUCCGCGCAGCAUCACCUUUGAGCUGCCGCCCGUUGAUCGAGGCAGAGGGGCAUGGCAAUACCUCAUCGCUUCUUUCUUCAUAGAAGCGACGAUAUGGGGCACACCCAACUCAUACGGCGUAUUUCUAGCGGCUUACUUGGACAGGCCAAUCGCCAAGUCAGCAGGCGCAACGACGCUUCUGCCUCUCGUCGGCGUACUAAGCUCUGGCCUCAUGUAUCUGCUCUCGCCAUUGAUCUUUGCAUACAUCAAUCGAUUUCCGGGUCAUCGGAAACGAUUGAGCUGGUCGGGCGCGAUAAUCUGCGCCAGUAGUCUGGUCAUCUCGAGCUUUGCAAAGAGCGCUUUCCAGCUCGUCCUAACCCAGGGCGCAAGCUAUGCGAUUGGCGGAGCGCUAAUCUACUAUGUCAAUAUAGCAUCUCUCAGCGAAUGGUGGGUCGCAAAGCGAGGCAUGGCCAACGGUAUCGUCUUUGCCGGCACGGCAGCAGGCGGUCUCAUCUUACCCUUUGUGCUCAACGCUCUUAUCGACCGCUUCGGUCUCGAGAGGGCACUUCAAUCGCUCGGCGUUUUCACUGGUCUUGCGCUGGCUUGCCUCUUACCACUGACACGCAACCGAGUGCCGCUCAGUAAAGCCACAGGUGCGCCACACGCAACAUAUGGAUUUGCUUCCUUUCCUGUGCGCAACAAAGCGCUAUGGAUCUACUUCUUGGCCAAUCUGCUCAACUCGAUGGCUUACUUCAUCCCUGCAUUGUGGCUUCCAGCGUUCGCCAGUGCACUGGGACUACCGGCGAGCGAUGGUACAGCAGCUCUGGCAGCCAUCAACGCAGCUGCGGUCGUCUCUCGUAUCGGUCUCGGCUUUCUGUCAGAUCGCAAAUCGCCUCAUAUCAUCGGAGGCUUGACGGCAAUGAGUAGCGCAGCUGCCAUCUUGCUCAUCUGGGGCAUCGCUAGCGUCACUUUCGCCUGGCUGCUUGUCUUUGCGAUUGCAUUUGGCGCACUCGCUGGCGGCUACACGUCACUGUGGGCAGCAUCAAUUCGUGAGGUAGCGAAAGAUGACGCGCAAGCCACCGUGCUCAUCUAUGGUAUCUUCUCGCUUACACGCGGGAUCGGAGACGUCCUCGUUGCGCCCAUCACGGCCGCCCUUUUCCAAUCAGGCACACAUAUCAGCGGCAGGAUCGGACUCGGCGUCGACCCGGGCUACGCGAGCAUCAUUCUGUUUGCUGGCGGCGUCAUGGCGCUCGGCUCCUUCGUCGAAGUUUUAGGCUUAUACGUGCAGCGCAAGCAGCGCAAGGAGCAGUAA